UGGUUGAAAACUUUCUUUUGCUGUUGUUGUAGGUACUCUUAAUUUUUGACCAAUGGAAAUAGCACAACGCCGGCCGCGGAAACGGAAAUAGUAUACUGUUUCCUCUUCGCUUGUUUUCUGUAGAUGUGUCCUGUGCAUGCCCAGUAGGAGGAGAUUCGCCCAAAUACCUGCUUUAAUGUGGACGGAGGUAUUUUUAAAAACACCUGGUGUGGACACCUAUCAUUUUUAUGGGAAACCGGCGUUUUCAAAAUUAUCCUGUCUACUGUGGACGUAGCCUGACAUUGAAAGAGUGGAGUUAUAUUGUGAGCCUAACAGUGUUAAGGAUUAAAAGAAAGCCAGUGUCUUACUCAUUAUGGGAACAAAAACAUACCGCCUGCUACGGAACUUGUUAACCCCCGAAAAGCCAGCUGACAAAACGUUCAAACAAAUAGUAGACCCUCUCCAACAGCAUUUAAACCCUAAACUACUGGUUAUUGCUGAAAGAUUUAAAUUUCACAAUCGGAAUCAGAGCAAAAAUGAAAGCAUUUCUGAAUAUUGUGCUGAAUUGCGCAAUUAUCAGAACAUUGUCAAUUUGGAGCUAGUCUAUUGGACGCAUUGAGGGACAGGUUAGUGUGUGGCAUGCACUGUGAAACCUUCUGUGUGAAGGAGACCUUUCAUUCGAGAAAGCGCUAAACAUUGCAAUAUCAAUGGAAACAGCGGCACGGGGUGCUCCCGAGAUGCAACAAAAAUCUCUGGAAUAUGCCACGAAUAAAAUGUCACUGAACAGAUAUGAAGGAAAGAAAUGUUACCGUUGUGGGGACAGGUCACAUGACCUGGAUGACUGUUGGUUUAAAGACCAAGAAUGCAGAAACUGUAGCAAACAGGGCCACAUUGCCAGAGUAUACAAAGCUAGUAAACAGCAGAAAAAGGACAAAAUGCAGAGAAACAAGAAACCCCAGAAGGAAAAUACAACAAUGUACACAAAAUGGAAAAAAGCAGUUCUGAUGAAAACGACUCAGACGAAAGUGAAUUGUCUUGUCUACGACUUCACAGCGUGAAAGAGACAGAUGAUUGAAGAGUAAUAAGGAUCACUCCACAAGUGGCAGGUGUGAGACUGAAAAUGGAGUUGGACACAGGGUCAGCUUCAACAGUGAUCUCUGUACACGACUACAAAUGACUGUUUUCUCACAUACCUCUGAAACGAACUAAGCUACUGCUAAAGACUUACAGGACAGAAAGUGCGUCCCAAAGGUAAAAUUAAAGGGACAGUGACCUACAGAGACGAAGCACAGCAGCUGGACCUCUAUGUACUGAAAAAUGGAGGACCACAGUUGCUGGGAUGUGAAUGGCUCAGAAAAAUCCAGUUGGAUUGGCAUACCGUCAAGGCACUAGAUGUGUCAACAAAGGAGGGCAGCUCGGCAGGGAAGAUGUCUGCAGCUCUCCUCUCACCCAUUGUUGACUAUUACAAUGACGAGGAGGACCUUGACAGCAUUGAUGAGGACGAACGCAGUAUCCGUGGCCGCGACUCAGAUGAAGAUACAGAGGAUGCAAGGGAGACUGAUAUUGCCAAUAAGCAGGAUGAUGAAGACUACCUGGAAGUAAAAGAGCAGAUGUACCAGGAGAAAUUGACAUCUCUCAAAAGACAGCUACAGCAGCUACAGGAAGGCACUUUGCAGGAGUAUCAGAAAAGGAUGAAGAAACUAGAUCAACAAUACAAGGAAAGAAUACGAAAUGCAGAGCUUUUUCUGCAACUGGAGACAGAUCAAGUGGAAAGGAAUUAUAUUAAAGAGAAGAAAGCAGCAGUGAAGGAAUUUGAAGAUAAAAAGAUUGAGUUAGAAGAAAAGAAAAAGAUGAUUGAGAAUGAGAGGCUAACAAUGGAACUCACUGGAGAUUCUAUGGAGGUAUAGCCAAUAAUGACUAGGAAACUAAGGAGGAGACCUAAUAACCCUGUUCCAAUUACAGACAAAAGACGAAAACCUGUAUCUGCGCAGUUAAAUUUCUUGUUAACAGAUGAACAGAUAAUGGAAGAUUUGCGAACUCUCAAUAAGCUUAAACCUCUGAAAAGACCAGCAUCUCCGUCCUCUCCUGAGCAUCUUCCCAGCACUCCUGCUGAAUCACCAGCACAAAGAUAUGAAACACAAAUAGGAGAUGGAAAGUUAUAUUACGAUAAGAGAUGGUAUCAUAAAGGUCAGGCUAUCUAUUUGGAAUCUAAGGAGAAUACGAAGAUUGUGUAAUUAGCUCAGUUGGAACAAAUGAGAUAUGGGUAAGGAAGACAAGUGAUAGCACAAGGAUGCAUAUAUCUAGGACAUCUGCACAGAGGAGACUUCAUUAUACAGAGGUGAUCUGCUCCCUAGAACUCUUAGCAAGUUGGAGGCGCACAUCUUCUUAACUCUCUAUGCUCAGAGGUCAGCUUUUCGUGGCUUUAUAUGGAAAUCUUAUUAAAACAAACAGGUUUAUUGACAGACAUUACCCGGAGAGGCAGAGAAGAUCUCCCCAGAGACUUGAGUUAUAAAUGGGUCUUAGACCAAAAGUAAAAGAAAAAGGCUUGUUAUAAUUUGAUAUUAUUAAGUUACUAAGUAAACAAAUGGUAGGUGUUUGUAUGUUAAGGGUAAACAUACUUAGCAUUGUGCCCCAGUAAAAAAACAGUUGAUACAUUAUUAAAAUAAAAGGGGAGGAGUGUACCGUAUAGCCUACAGUAUAAUAAGGGACUACUUUAUGUUUUAGUAACAUGUCGUUGAAUGCGCUAUUAGGUGCAUAUUGAUCUGUAUGUGUGUGCUGAG